AUGAAGGGGUUCAAUUUUAGCAACCCAGCAGGCUUUAUCUUACUGGGAUUCUCUGACCAGCCACAGUUGGAGAUGGUUCUUUUUCUAGUCAUCUCUGUUAUCUACAUUUUGACACUGCUGGGGAACACAGCAAUCAUACUUGUUUCAUACUUGAAUCCCAAACUCCACACCCCCAUGUAUUUCUUCCUCUCCAAUCUCUCCUUCCUGGACCUCUGUUUUACUACCAGUAUUGUCCCCCAGAUGCUUUGGAAUCUCAAGGGCCCUGAGAAGACCAUCAGUUACACUGGUUGUGUGAUCCAGUUAUACAUUGCUCUGGGAUUGGGCUCCACAGAGUGUGUCCUCCUGACUGUUAUGGCCUAUGACCGUUUCAAUGCUAUCUGUCGACCACUCCACUAUGGUGUUAUCAUGUACCCAAAGCUUCUCCAGCAACUAGCAGCUGUGGCCUGGACCAGUGGUUUUGUGGAGUCCACAGUUCAGACCACCCUUGUUUUCCAGCUGCCUCUCUGCAGCCACCACAGAGUGGAUGAUUUUAUGUGUGAGGUGCCUGCCCUGAUUAAAAUUGCUUGUAUGGACACAACCUUCUUGGAAAAUGAGCUCUCCAUAGCUACUGUCCUCUAUGUGGUUAUACCUCUGGGGCUUAUCCUGGUCUCCUAUGGCUGCAUUGUUAGGAGUAUGCUGAGGAUAAAAUCCACUGAAGGCAGGAAGAAAGCUUUUGGGACCUGUGGAUCUCACCUGAUUGUUGUGGUUUUGUUCUUUGGGACUAUAAUUUCUGUGUAUAUACAACCCAAGAGCAAGUACACACAGAAUCACAGAAAAUUCCUCACCCUUUUCUAUACUGUGGUGACACCCUUACUUAAUCCUUUGAUCUAUACCUUGAGAAACAAAGAAUUUAAGUGGGCAAUAAAAAGGUUGCUGGCAAGAGACCCAAGUUAG